ACGGAGAAGGGGCCAGAGUGCACAAGAGAGGUGAAUACGAAGUGUUUGAGUUGGAGACGGAACUACGGCACUUGCAGCAUGUUUCCGCGCUUCUCCACAGGCUUACUGAACGAGAGACCCCUUAACUAGCACUCCUUGAGUUUGCGCAGCCCUGGACAUAUUACGUGGGCUGUCUGCACGCACCCCUUGCGCGCAUCUCUGUCGUCUUCAACUUGCUUUUACGCUCAAACAUUGGUGUGAACCCUACACCGUUCUGUUCAAUAAUUUGACAACACAUUUACGUUCCCUUCACAACAACCUCUUCCAUUCUCGUCACUCCCUGCAGCCUUUUUGGUCUAUUGCUGGGCGCUUCAUUUUCGCCGCUGACGGUUCUCGACAUCGCAUUGCACCCCUGCUCACCUUUCAAUCACAUUCAUCAUGAGGUUACGACAGCCACGGCCGCACACUUUGCUCCUCCUCCUACCCGCAUUACGAGUUCUUGCCACAUCCGUCGCAGUAGAUACAUCGGACGACAGGCUGCCCGCGCGGGCCGUCGUACCUGCCUACACCCAAGCUACCUAUUCGCCUGAUGCCUCACUUGCCCCGACAGCUCCUGCGAAAGGCACCAAAGAUGCACCGUUCGACGGACUCGAUGGCAAGCCGCAUGCUGGGCCAUACGUGGACGACGACCCGAAAUACAAAGGGAAGAAAGCCCCCAAUGUUGUAGAAGAUCUUGGAUCGGCAAAGAAGCCUGGCGCUUCUUCAGAAACUGUUCUGGUAGACGACGUGAAAGAUGGCGACAAGAGCGUCAUGCAAGAUCCCGCGCGCAAACCGGCCACGGGCACCACUGGCACCGAGGGCGGAGUGUCAGCAAAGGACAAGGAGCGAUUGGCACACGAGGAGAAGACGGGCGAGAAGAAGGAAAUGGUUCCCGCGUCACCAAAGGAGGCACAUCCGCAUCCUGCUGACCAGAAGCAAUUGGGCGGAGAGGCAGUAGAGACCGCGAGCACCACUCGUGUGCUCGGUGCUGGUGGGCUUGAGAAACCCACCGAUCUUCCCGACUCCAUCCAUGACAAUCCGCUUCCUGUGCCAGGCUCCGUUUCCACAAAGGAUCCUCUAGACACCACCCCGCCCAAGACCCCCUCUUCCACACUUGACGAUGUCGACGCCGGCGCCGUACAGCCUUUCCAUUCCUUUAUACUCGCUUUCACCAUGAUCAUCUUCUCAGAGAUCGGAGACAAGACAUUCCUCGUUGCAGCCCUCAUGGCUAUGCGACACCCCCGCCUCCUCGUCUUCUCUGCUGCUUUCUCGGCUCUCGUCGUCAUGACAGUCCUCUCUGCCGUGAUGGGCCACGCCGUCCCCGCACUCCUCUCGGAACGCUUCACCCACUUCGCGGCCGCCGCUCUCUUCCUCGUAUUCGGUGUCAAGCUUAUAAGAGAGGGUCUUGCCAUGAGCCCAGACGACGGUGUGGGCGAGGAGAUGGCCGAGGUCGAGCAGGAACUCGAAGAGAAGGAACAGCUUGCCCGACACCAGAAGGGCCGGAAGUCCUCCAUUUCUCCCUACGCCCUAGAGUCUGGUCUUGGUUCACGACGCUCACGAUCCAACUCGCGACUUCCUGCCCCCGCACGUAGCCCUUCUACUUCGCCUGAUCGAUCGCCGUCGCCGCGCGGAGGCUCUUUGGGCGGUACUCUGGGCGCUGUUAACAACCUCUUCUCUCUUCUUCUCAGCCCUGCUUGGGUACAGACGUUUGUGAUGACAUUCCUUGGAGAGUGGGGUGACCGCAGUCAGAUUGCGACUGUUGCCAUGGCCGCUGGUUCUGACUACUGGUGGGUCACUGCCGGCGCUGUAGUUGGCCAUGGGCUGUGUACUGCAGGUGCGGUCAUUGGUGGCCGUGCUAUUGCCGGAAAGAUCAGUAUGCGCAAUGUCACGCUUGGUGGUGCUAUUGCUUUCCUCAUCUUCGGCAUCAUCUACACGUUCGAAGCUUUCUACUCCUAAGCAAGAUGCACACUUCCAGCAUUGCACGGCGCGUUUGGUGGGCGGAAGUACAGAUCCUGGACGGUAUUAAAUCAAACCAUUUCUAUUCUAUGUGAUUUCACUUUGUAAUUUUAAUUGUACCUUAAAACCUACAUGGCACGACUGGUAACGGUCAACGGCGUUCUCUCAACUGCAUAGAGCAGAGGACGAGGUACAAUAGAUCUCUCACACACUUG